AUGGGAGACUUGUUGUGUGUAAGUGCUGUCAGACCAGGAUGCUGCAGCUGCUGUUCAGAGAGAAGGGGCUCCCAACAUAUCCAAGGCCUUCAGCACACGGAAGCAGUGUCUACAGCAGAGCUGUCAGAUGUAACCAGAGCACCCCUUCCUCUACCCUCACUGCAGUCCCCGUGGCUCCACACGCUCCAGAGUUGGAGGUGCAGGAGGCAGAGGCCUUGGAGUUACACCAGUCCUUUCCAGGAGCAGGAUGUUGUGGAGAGGUUCAAAUGGCAGAGACAAGGCAUCCCCUUUGGAGCUGCCACAUCCUAUGUACAUCUAGAGAAGCUGUGUGAAGGAUCCUGUGCAACUGUGUACAAGGGGAUCAGCAGGAUCAACGGCCAGUUGGUGGCAUUGAAAGUGAUCAGGCUGGAGGCAGAGGAGGGAGUGCCCUUUACAGCCAUUCGGGAAGCUUCUCUUCUCAAGCAUUUAAAACAUGCCAACAUUGUACUGCUUCAUGACAUUAUCCAGACCAAGGAGACACUAACAUUUGUCUUUGAGUAUAUGCACACAGAUCUAGCACAGUACAUGGGCCAGCAUCCUGGAGGACUUCACUUGUGCAAUGUUAUGCUCUUCAUGUUCCAGCUUUUGCGUGGCCUGGCUUACAUCCACCAACAACACAUUCUUCACCGUGAUCUGAAACCCCAGAACUUGCUCAUCAGUUGCCUUGGUGAGCUCAAAUUAGCCGACUUUGGCCUUGCUCGUGCCAAGUCCAUCCCCAGACAGACAUACUCCUCUGAAGUUGUAACACUCUGGUACCGUCCUCCUGAUGUGUUGCUUGGAGCUACAGAUUAUUCUUCUGAUCUAGAUAUCUGGAGUGCGGGCUGUGUAUUUGUUGAAAUGAUCCAGGGCCAGCCAAUAUUUGCAGGAACUUCUGGCACUCGUGAACAGCUGGCAAAGAUCUGGGCGGUAUUAGGAGUCCCAACUGAGGACAGCUGGCCAGGACUUUCCAAGCUCCCCAACUAUAACCCAGAACUGGUUGCUUCCAGGAGACCUCAGAGACUCCGAGUCAUCUGUGACAGGCUGAGCAAGGUGCCAGCAGCAGAGGAUUUGGCCUCUAGGAUGCUGACAGCCUUCCCUCGAGGCCGAAUCUCUGCACAAGAUGCACUCCUUCAUGGCUUCUUCAGCCCUCUGCCUUCUCAGCUCUAUCAGGUUCCUGCUGGACAAUCAGUGCUCACAGUUCCAGGAGUGAGACUGCAACCUGAAAUCUGUGACCUCUUUGCUUCUUACCGAAAAAGCCAUUUCUCAGGAGGUUCAAGCAAAUUUUGGUAG